GCCAACCAUGAGACGACAUCAACCUUUACCUUCGGGCGAUUGACCACCGGCCUGCGUCUCCGCGCCCCUUGCGUGGGGCUUCCGCCGAGCGAGCGCGAGCGGUGCGCAACCUGCUCGGGUGCUGCGGCGACAUGACGGUUGACGACGCCGGGGAGGGCCCGCACGGUGCCGUUGCCAGGAGUAUCGGUGCCCGUGUUGGCGAUGCAGCAGCAGCAGCGACCGAGGCCGACCUCCUCACCCUCAUCAUCACCACGUCGCCAACCCCCUCCGCGCCGUCGACAGAGCUGCUGUCGCAAAUCCUGGCCUCCUUCCGCGAGCACUGCCCGGAGCUCACCGCCUGCAGAGUGAUCCUGGUGCUCGACACGUACGACCACGUCAGCUCGACUGCGCGCCUCAAAAAGGGCCACGUGACGGCCGAGGGCGCCGCCAAGUAUGCCGAGUACAAGGAGAACGCGAAGCGCCUCAUCCUGCGCGAAUACGCGCCCGGCGGUCACGAUCAGCGCGAGCAGGACCUACUGGCGGAGCACGGCGAGGCCGAGUUCGGCUCCACCGCCUACGCGCAGCAGACGAACGCGGUGCCGCUCGCCAUCACCCGGACGCGCGACGGGCGCGUCGUCUUCGUCGAGCCCUCGCAGCGCCUCGGCUUCGGUCUCGCCGUGCGCUCGGCUCUCCGGCUGACCCGGACGCCGUACGUGUGGAUCCAGCAGCACGACUGGACCCUCGUCUCGGAGAUCCCUCUCGGGCCGCUGCUCGCGCUCAUGCAGCAGCACUCGCAGCCCGACGUCGCUGGGGAGGACCAAGACGGUCUGGCGGCGGUCAAAGUCCCCAUCAAAUACGUCUGCUUCCCCUCCGUCCGCAUGGUCGAGUACGCCAGGUCCGACCACGUCAUGCAGUUCCCCGCCCUGCGCGCCCUGACCUACCUGCACAAGCAGGACUUCACGGUCGCCGCGCCCGAGGACGGGCGGUGGCGGCCCGCCAAGAUCCCGCUCACGCCGCUCUUCUUCUGGCACGACAAGCCGCACGUGGCCGAGACGGCGCACUACCUCGCCCAGGUGUUCCCCAAGCGCGCCGCCGUGCCGCGGGGCGCCUUCAUCGAGGACACGGUCGGCCACCGCGCGCGGGCCGAGAUGAAGGACGGCCGGUGGAGGGAGUGGGCCUGCUGGUUGUUCUAUCCCGGCGAGGGCAAGCGGCUGUGCUUGAGGCACCUCAAGGGCCGGACGUGGCGGGGUGCCGAAGGCGAGCUGGCGCAGAAGUUGGAAUAUAUGCGACUGAACCAGGCAUUGCCGAAUUAGGCUGAGCUCUGCCAUGUCAUGUCAUGGCUCAGGCGCAACGUACGCGUGCUGUAAAUUCAAAAAUGGCACUAUUGAAAACACUGUGUCCCCACCAAGUCAUUUCUCUUCGCGGCUCACAGCUGCCGCGUGGCAAUCGGCUUCCAUUCCGCGAUGGGCUUGUCCGUCGGCACGAGCCAGAUCACGCCGCCGUCCCAUCCGUCCCAUCUGCCGCCCGCGUCGGUGCCUGCUGGCGUUUCU